AUGCUUGCGGUGUCGAGAGACCAGCUAACGGCCGCAGGGCGGGUGCGCUGUGACGAAGGGCGACCAAGUUGCCAGCGCUGCAUCAAGCGCAAUGACAUUUGUGAGGGCUAUCGCGACGAGGCUACCAUCAUCUUCCGCCAUGAGACCGUCAAAGUGAUCGAGCAUGCUCGAGCUUCUGCGGCCUACUUCAGCCCGAGCUCAUCGUCGGGCUCGCUCCGGCGUUCUCGCUCGGAAGAUGGAUUGCAAGAGUCAAGGCGCUCCUCCCUGGCGGUGGGCAGUGACCCGUCUGACUUGACGCAGGAGGAGCUUGAUGCCGUGCCACCGGGACAGCGAUUGCCAUGGCUGAAAGAGGCACCGAGCAGGGUGCCGCAGUCUGUGGAAGACCAGGCUGUAGAUCGGUUCAUGGAGAAAUACGUCAUGUACCCAUGCAACGAGACAUCAUCCCCAGGGUUCCUGGAGCAUCUACCGGGGCUGUUCAAGGACGUCAAUGUGCCAGGAAGAUUUGCCCUUCGUUGGGCUGUGCGUGCGGCUGGGUAUGCAGAUCUCUCCCAAGACUCUGACGGAGACAAGUUGUCACAGAAAGCAUUGCACUGCUAUGGCAUGGCGUUAUCCGCACUGGGAGAGUCGCUAGCCGAACCCGGAAAGGCUCCAGACGACUACGACCUGAUGACCGUGGUCGUCCUCGAUGUUUUCGAGACUUUAUUCCUGCCCGAAUCUGCUAGAGCAGGCGCCCAUGCGCAGGGUAUGGCCCAGAUCUUGAGGCUUCGAGGCUCCGAACAGGUGUACAGUCCCCGUGGCUGGAGCCUCUUCAGAUUGGCUCAUCACCGAAUCCAAAAGCAACAGCUUGCAUUCGGCAUGCCUCAGCUUACUGAAUCAAAAGAAUGGCUAGACCAGUUGAACGACGACAUCAAUUUUGUAGCUGUUGAGAAGGAUGCAUUUAUGAUCAAAGAAACCUGCCAGAGAGCACAGGAACUCCUCAAUCGCGUCCAGUCUCAGGAUUUCUCGCCUGAUGUCCUGCUCGAAAUGGCUCAAGAGAUGGUGGCGCUGGACCAGGCGGCAGCAAGCUGGCGACAGUCUUCUGAAUGGAACUUCAAGUCAGGAAGCGUUCCCGAGAUGCUGCGACCUCAACAACUUUCUACCCCGCCUAUUACUGAAUAUUUCGAGCUUCAUGCGGAUGUGUGGAGAGCCUAUGAGUGGAACUACCACAGGACAGGCCGCAUCAUAUUCCAUCAACAGGUAUUGACGUGUUUGGAAGUCGCUUCAAAGUCCUCAACUGCAACUAGGACCGUUGUAAGUACCAUCAACGAGAUGGUAGAGCAAUCGAUCACCACUGUACGGCAACUCGCCGAUGGUGUACUCGCAACUGUACCUCAGUCUUUCGGCGACAUUGAUCACCUAGGUAACGUACACGACAUUGCAAAGGGUCCGCCGAAGUGCAGGGCGGUUGGUGCAUAUCUGCUCCUGUGGCCCAUUAAAAUCAUCAAGGGCCCAGAUUCCAGGACUACAUUCGGUCAGAAAGAGAGAGCUCAAGUUGUGUUUGAGAGGAUUCGCGAAUACACGGGCAUGAAAGCAAAACUUGGGAACUUGAGCUGUAUUUGA